AUGACUGUCCCUGACGAAAGCCUCUCCAUCUACCCCUGGGAAGCCAGGGCGAUCAAGAAGCGUCAACAGCGUAACGAGGCUAUUCCAGAGGAAUGGAGGCUCCGUCAAAAUCUCCUGGGUAGCCUCAAAACACCGUUGGAGAGAUCCAAAAAUAAUCUCAUGGAGCUCAAUUUGGUCCGCCAAUCUGGAAUUUUGACCGACAAGGAGCUGCAGAUUACAGAGUCAAGCGAUGUCACUAAUAUGUUGGAAGCACUCGCAUCUGGCCAAUUAACUGCGGAAGAGGUGACAGUCUCCUUUUGUAAACGGGCUGCAGUGGCUCAUCAGCUUACGAACUGCCUCACCGAGAUCUUCUUUGAUCGAGCGUUAGAACGAGCUCGGUACCUAGACAGGCAAAAGGGAAAAGGGCAACUGGUUGGCCCCCUCCACGGUCUUCCUAUAAGCCUCAAGGAUUCGUUCCAGAUUGCUGGUGUAGCGUCGACACUGGGCCUUACGGCCUAUCUGGACCAUAGAGCCGAGUCUAAUUCGGCACUUGUUGAUAUCCUACUUGCCCUCGGAGCAGUGCUGUAUUGCAAAACCAAUGUACCUCAGACGAUGAUGACUCCAGAUUCACACAACUUUGUCUUUGGCAGAACGCUUAAUCCUUGGAAUACUAGUCUCAGUGCUGGAGGGUCCAGCGGAGGCGAGGGUGCUCUAAUUGCCAUGCGCGGCGCUCCCAUCGGUGUUGGAACUGAUAUCGCGGGGUCCAUUAGAGUUCCUGCACUCUGCUGUGGAACGUACGGGUUUCGUCCGACGGCUUCUCGAAUUCCAUACGGUGGACAGCACGGAUGCGCAGACGAAGGGCUGGCGCAAAUUCUACCCUGCGCUGGGCCUCUCGCAAAUGAUAUGAAGGCUCUCAGUCUUUUCGUUAAAGCCGUGCUACAGGCAAACCCCGCAUCAUAUGAUGCUUCCGCGCUGGAUGUCAACUGGAGAGAUGUUCAAGGACAAUUCGGGCGCAAGUUGCGAUUCGGACUGCUUCCUGAAGAUCCAACGUAUCCUUUGCACCCUCCAGUGCGGAGAACAGUUGCGGAGGCUUCGCGUCUGCUCCAGGCAAGCGGGCACGAAGUGGUCGAGCUACAGUCCCAAGAGUGUCGCAUCUCUGAAGCGCUACAGGUAGCCUUUGCCCUGUUUGCGUUGGACGAAACCGCCGAUGGAAUUGUGAAAGCUGCAGGCGAGCCACCGAUUCCCUCCCGCAUCAGAAUUGGCCAAGAGAUGGGUAAAGCUCCACAGGAGUUCGUCUCAGAUUUGCGCAACCUUUCAGAGCUCAAGCAGCUAUCCGGAUUGAACCUUAAAAGACAAGAAUUGAUUAGUGACUGGUGCAGACUAUGGCAAAAGUAUGAAAUUGAUGCAGUCAUUGGGCCGGGGGGUCGCACCACGGCGAUUGAGCAUGACGAGUUCACGCUGCCACCCUACACAGUGCUCAUGAAUGUUCUGGACCAUCCCAAGGUUGGCGCCGUUGCCUUCAUUCGCCGUCCUCCAGAAACGUAUUCCAGAUCGUCCUGUGCUCCAAUGUUGGGUGAACCAGACCUCCCUCGAUCCUGCGAUCGCUGCCACUUCCUCAAGGAGCGCUGCGAGCGACCCGUACCGUCAGAGACAUGCCCGUGCCGUCGUUGCAGCCGCCUCCAUCUCGACUGUCGAAGCAAUCGGCCUCACAAACGAGCUGGUCGCCCACCACGGCCGCAUAGUUUAAAGAAGCCGUCUCAGUCUUGGCUUCAGAGCAGGACCUUGGCCAAGACAGAACAAAGGACAAGCAAUACAACAACUUCAACGGUCGAUUCCGCAACCCGCAGCGGUCUCCGUAGCCUGUGCUCCGCCGGUUCGAGCAUUUCCCAGGAGGAACUGUGGCACGUCAACAACCUUCUCACCAGCGAUUGCUAUCUGGAGGAAUUUGUUAUAGGCCCCAGCUUCUGUCACAGGCACCGAGACACGCUUGUGUCCCAGUAUGACACGUCUCGAUCUACAGUAGAAGAUGCCUACAUAGCCCUGGCCAUGAUCUGGGGCUUACGCGACCCUUCCACAUCGCCCGACUAUCCCUCGCUGAAUACGUGCUACAAGAGAGCCUCUUCUGCCAUUUUGACUCUGCGCUCUCUGGAUGUCAGGAUAGAGCACCAUGUCCAGCCAUGCUUAGUCCUUGGCGUCUCGCUGGUAACAUUUGCUCUGAAGCUUGGUGGUACGCAUGUGCUCCCUCUAUGCAGCCAUAUUCUAAGCCUGGUCAAACCCUACUAUGAGGCCGGGAAGCGACUAGUCGAUCCCGAUCUGCUGAUAGUCAUCUCUUUGAAUGAGAUGGCAGAGUGCUUGUUCUGCGCAAGGACGCCAACCCUGCUCGUCGAGCUGCCCCCAGACCAAGCAGAAUCGUACGUCAACCGGUACAUCGGAUUGAGCGCAAACAUUUUGCCCUACCUGUUCCAUAUCUGCAAAAUCUCUGCGGAGAUGGCGCAUGGAGACCCAGUGGAUAAAGACAAGACCUUGAGCCACCUUGAGGAAGAGAUCAGGAGGUGGCAGCCUUCAAUACAAGACAGUCGGAUGAGCGAGUUUACGCCCACAGAGGUUUCGCACAUGGUCUGCCAGGCCAGUACCAUGCAGACUGCCGCGUUGCUCAUAAUUCACCGGUUGCGUUAUCCGUACGGCACCGAGGAUUUGGCAGCGUCUGCAAUGGCAUCCAGCAUUCUGUCACAGAAUCAGAUGACGCAGAAGAUUACAGGACGUGCUCCCCGGGGUGCCAAAUCUCCAUAUCCAAUGGGAUCAUACUUCUAUGUCUGUGGCGGCGACAAAUUUGAAGGAUGUUGCUCUACAGAUCCAUGCUUGCUGCCCGACUGUCCUCGCGGUCCACUAAAACGAGAUGACAACGAAAAUCUUCCAGUUGAAUCAUCAACUUCAUCGAACAAGGGCUCUUCAAAUAGCGGCUCUCCAAAAACCGAGACCCCUGAGCCCGACGAGCCUAAGGAAACAACCAAAGCCUCCCCAUCACCGAGCGAAACAAAAACCGACUCCGGAAUCACGCACACAAUCCCAAAUUCGUCUAUAGUUACCAUCACAAAGCACACAGUCGUCUUUUCUGAAGCACCACCGUCAUCCACGACGUCGAUCCCGGAAACAAGCAAUGGCACGGCACCGGGAACCACCUGCUCUGACUGCAACGAGCCCGGCCAGACGUCGAACUCCGAUGAAGACGCCAGUAAUGAAGUGGGGGUGACUCCAGGCGCUAUUGCCGGAAUAGCGGCUGGCGGUGCGAUUAUUCUGGCUCUUGUGGUGAUAAUCUGGGUGGUGGCAAGACGGAGGAAACGGGAGCGACAAAGCUCGGGUGUAAGUGAUGAGGAUACGACUGGAGGCUCGCGAGUCGACGGGUACGAAAAGGUGACACCACACACAACCGGCACGGGGGGAGUUGGCGAUCCAUUUGCUCCUUUUGGAGGGCGAACCGAUCAACCUCACGGCCCGGAUCCUCCACACAGCGAGGCUUUUGAAAUGGACGGCACGGGCAUUGCCCCCGUCGAAUUGCCCGCCACAAGCAUCUGGGAGGCUCCAGGUCCUACGGCAUCGCCGUUGGAUGUUGUGAGCCCCGUCACUCCGGCCAAUACUGACCCUAGAGCCACACUCGCCUCGGGCUCCUCCCAGGGCUGCGUGCAAUAUGUGAAUCAGUGGAAUCAGUACAGGUCAAUGGCCGAAGCUGACGAGCGCGGAGUGUAA